AUGCUAGAACAUAAUCAAAUUGCGAUGUCAAUGCUGGCAAUGGCGGAAACUUUGCGAACUCAACAUCCACCAAAGCUAAAAAUGGCUAUAAAAUGCGCAAGGGGUGCAUUGAAAUUAAAUCUUUCCCCUGAAACUGUAGCUCAUUGUCAAUUACAAUUGGGAAAAUUAUUGUUGUUUUACACGGAUCAUUAUGAAAUAGCGAGACAACAUUUACAUUAUGCCUAUGAAUCCUUAACGACUAUGGGCGAUUUUUACGUUUUAAAACGUCUCGAGGCCCUUUCUCUGCUAUGCGAUCUUUACAUUCAUAGCCAAAUGUGGCCAAUGAACACAAUUUUGGGGCUUAUCCGAAAAGAAAUGGGAUAUGCUAAACAAUUUUCGCAUUAUCAUCACAAAUUGCUUCUUUAUUUCAUUGAAGCCUGCAAAAUUGAAAGAAACACAAAAGCGGCUUUGGAUGCAUGCGAUCUUGCUAUCCAAUCAAUUGAAAGCCACAAACCCAUGGAGUUAUAUUUCCGGAUAACGAAACAUUUGGUUCGAUAUCAAAUGUUGCGGGAAGAGCCUGAUCCGCAAGAUGUUCUUCAAAUAGGUGCAAUGAUAAAAGAAUUGGAACAAAAUCCAAUCAUGGAGUUUCAUUUGAAGAAUAUUAAAGGUUUCUUUAUGUGCACUAAAUUGGCUUUCAUGCUUUCCGAAGGAUUGUCCAGAACGUCUCGGUCGCUUUUAAGACAGCUUCAGCAUGAAGUUACUACAACUUCUAAAGAUUGCAUUAAUGGCAUUAGAUGGAUGGAUGAAACCGCAAUGACCGUUUUUGCCUGUGUGAUGACUGUCGUGAGUGCCGUGGUCCAAUGCAGUUACGACCGUGCUUAUAAGUACCAUAUGAUUGCCAUCAAACAUGCUGAUGAUAUUAUCACAAAGUCGACACGAACCCCUCAAGAAUUCGCCGUGGUUCGUUGCAUCAAUCAAAUGAAAAUGACAUCUCUCGAAUUGAUGGCGACGUGUAAUAUUAUGGCUUGUCGGCCAGACGCAUGUCUCAAUAAUAUGCGCGACAUGAUCAUAUUCAGCUCAAGAUGUGGUGGUGAAAUUCUUCAACGAGAAUUCGAACCGCAUUUGCAGUAUCUUCUUGGAAUGCUGUGCAGCUAUACGAAACAGUAUGACUUGGCUGAGAGGCAUUUCGCAAGUGCUAUUGAGAUGUAUAGCAAAAGAGGAAAUGAUUCUAACAUUCUGUGUCUGCUUUAUGUAAAUCUUGCACUAACAUAUCUAAAUCAGAUGAAACUUGUGGAAUAUUACGAUAUCGCAGCACACUUAGCCCCAUCCAGAAUAGCAGAUUGCUCGCCAAUGGUUCGGAAUAACGUCAAAUUCUUGAAUGCGAUUUAUUACCAUUUGAAUCAGAAACCGAAUGAGUGCAAAAGUGUCAUUCAUGAAUUGUUACAAGACGCAAAAGCUGAAGACUUUUUCCGACUUCAUGGUCUCGCUUUACUAAUGCUUUCAUUAUUGGCGCCGGUUGAUGAAACGAGCGUCAAGCCGACAGUUGAUUGGAGCAAAAAGUCAUAUGAUCACGCGGUUGUUCUGUGGAGUCAUAAUUUUUAUGCGAAAUUGUUAUCGCGACGAGGUGAAGACACGACGGAGAUAAUGGCGGAAAUCACGAAAUCGUUUGACGCUCUCAAUGUUGAUCACCUCAUACGGCAAAGUAUGGAAUCACAGGCUGCUAAUCUUGUAAAUUGGGUUGAUGGAAAUGUACAUGAUUAUAUGCCAAAGGACGACUUGUAA